ACCAAUUUAUUUAUAAGUUCGAAUAUUGCAAUUUUUCUUAACCCUUUCGCGUUUCUUGGGUCAUACGUAGACCUAAACAUGAAACAUUUUAUUUUCCCAAUUUUUUAUGAAUUUAAUGGUUAAUUUCUAAGUUGCUAAUGCAAUAAAAUUCACGCAAUUGAGGACAAAAAAAACGUUCUGACUGAGAAAAGUCCUCUGAAAGCAUUCAUAGACAAAAUCUCGUGAUAAAAGAGCACAUAUUUCGCAUAUUUCAAUGUUUUUUUAUAUUACACGUUAAACGCGAAAAGGUUAACUAAAUAUUUCCAAAAAUCAUUCCUCUUAUUCCUUACGUUUUGUUUUCAUAUUUACAGUUUUUAUGAUUUUUUUAUUCAAUAAAUUGAAAAAAAAAACAAAAUAAAAAAAUUAAUGAAUCAUAAAAUGCAAUUAAUCACAUUACGUGGGCCGCAUUCAAUAAUUGCCUUGUUGUCAUGAUUUGGCCGACUCAAAAUUCCUGUGGCACCACAAAUAGAUGUUAAUUUUGGGCAAAAGAUCGAAUAGUAGAGGUGCGAAUGUGAUUGGAAGUUAAUCAGCCGAUCCAAUUGGAAGAGAAGAGCGUGUCAAGUGCGGUGGCUGGUCUGUGGUGUGCCUGGAAGUCGUCUGUUCCAUCUCUUUUGGUGACGUUAGCCGACGUUAGCUGUGUGCAACAUUUUUAGAGGUUAGGACUCUGGAGUCGAGAGGGAUUGUCUGUGCGGGCAAAAGAAAAAGAACUCUCCGGGACAUCGACGGGAAGCGCAACACUGACUCCCGAAGGAUUUGUUUGGAGCUUGUGGUGAAGAGUGCAGUUUUGGCGGAAUUAUUUUGUGGAAUUGGGUAGAAGAGUGUGGGUGAAAAGAUGGCAAUUAAACCAAUCGGCAGGAAAAGUAGCAGCAAGAAUCCCCCAAUUCUUAGCCAUGAAUUCGUCAUCCAGAAUCAUGCGGAUAUUGUCUCCUGCAUUGCCAUGGUAUUCGUCGUGGGUCUCAUGAUUCAGACAACAAGUCAACUUGCCAGUGUCUUUGUCACCUUGCACCACAAUGUCACGGGGGAGGAGCCAAGCCAGGAGAACCCACGCGGUGUGCCGUAUUUCUACGAGCCUGGAUGGAAGGAUUCAUGUGCUGUCUUCUUCUACAUGCUCAUCUGUAUCAUUAUGCACGCAAUACUCCAAGAAUACGUCCUGGAUAAAAUCUCCAAGAAGCUGCAUUUAUCGAAAUUCAAAUUAUCCCGCUUCAAUGAAUCCGGGCAGUUGGUUGUCUUCUACUUGGUUGGCUUUUUCUGGGGCCUUGAAGUGAUCCUCCGUGAGCAGUACAUUGCUCGUCUGUCCAGCCUUUGGGAGGAAUACCCAAAUCAUCCCAUGUCCUUCCUGCACAAACUCUACUUCAUCAUCCAAUUGGCUUACUAUCUCCACAUGCUGCCUGAACUCUAUUUCCAAAAGGUCAAAAAGGAGGAGCAAAAGGAGAAAAUCCGUCAUGCUCUCUUUGGUCUUCUCCUCAUUGCCUACGGCUACAUCUUCAAUUUCCAGAGAAUCAGCAUCGUUCUCCUGACUCUUCACUACUUUAGUGAAGCCAAUACGCAUUUUGUUCAGCUUCUGGAGAUCUUUGACAAGCAUGAGAAGAUGGCCAAUGCCCGUGUCCUGAGCAACAUCGUCUUCGUGUCCAUGCGCUUUGCCACGAUGGUAAUCUCCGUGCUGACCUUCUUCUACGGCAUCGGUACCACGGAUGAUAACACGAGCAUUGGCAUUGUAUCCCUGUUCGUGGUGUACGCCCUCCAGGGCUAUCUAAUCUUCCAAUUUAUCAAUGAAUUCCUGCGCAAUCGGCGCGAGAAGCAAGCUGAACUGAAGGCGCUCAAGAAGACCAAGUCCAUCAAGGUGGACAAGGUGAAAAAGGAGAAGAAAGACAGUGAUGUUCCAGAGAAUAAUGAAAAUGCUGGAAAACUCAAGACUAAAUGAAGCAGAUGCAUUUCUUUUUUAUUUUGAUAUUCUUCCAGGACUCUUCCCAUCUUUUUUCUCCAAAAAGAAAAAGCAAAAAAAAAAAUGAAACAGCAAAUUUCGUCUAACGUACUUUAUCAAAUGAUUGAUUUUUCCAGAUUUAUAUAUACACAACAUAUUUCUUUUUUUGGAGAGAAAUGUGCAAAGCAUUUUAAAGAGAAAAUAAAUUCAUUUUUUGUACA